AUGCCCUUUCUUCCUGCCAGCUUCAACAAAGUCUUUUCUUCAUUGAGAUCCAACAGACACUCCACAGUCACAUCAGAUAACAAGAGCGAUAUCACUCUCUUCAACGACCUCCCAGACGCUGAAAAACAACAAGCUAUCAUCAAACUCCAGGAGCUUGCCUCAGGCCAACCGGGACAGAAGAGCAUUCGCAGAUUCAACUGGAAGCUCGCCGCUAUGGUAUUUCUUGGAACUCUCUGCACUGUUGCCAUUGUGUUGGCUGGUGUAGCUUUUGGUGCCGACACUGAUCCAGAACUAAGCGCUAAGCUCAGAAUGGCCACCACCAACCUCGACCGAAUGGCUCUCCUUCCCAAGGACGAGGAUUGGCACUUUGACUUCACCAAGCAAGACAAAUACACCUUUGCUCCAGGUGGUGUUGUCAACGCCAAUGCCGCCUCUUUCCCUGCCGUGAUUGGCCAGGGUAUGACACUGGCAAUGCUCAACCUGGGCCCCUGCUCCAUGCUCCCACCACACAUCCACCCACGAGCAACCAACUUUGUCGUCGCCAUGUCAGGCACCACACGCACCUUCAUGAUCGCCGAGAACGGCGCACGAACAGUCGAAGAGACUCUAACUCCCGGCCAAAUGACCAUUUUCCCCACAGCCUCGGUGCACACCAUGAUGAACAUUGGCUGUGAGAACGCUCAGCUCGUAUCUGCACUCAACUCCGAGGACGCCGGCACCCAUAACCUUGCGAAUGCAUUCUUCAGCCUGCCAGCUAAUUUCACCCAGACUAUUCUGGGUGGAGAGGUCAAUCUGCAGAGUGUGGGCUCGCAUAUCCCGGAUGUGGGUACUGGAAGUGCUUGGGGGCCUGACGCCUGCAGGGCUGCAUGUGCUGCGAAGGGCAAGAUGAUUAAGAGGACAUGGUAG